AUGGAUGCUGAGCUCACUGCCCUCAGAAACAACAAGACUUGGAGUGUUGUUCCUCUCCCACCAAAUAAAAGAGUUAUUGGUUGUCAUUGGGUUUACAAGAUUAAACUCAAUAGUGAUGGUUCCGUUGAAAGAUUCAAGGCUAGACUUGUUGCUCAAGGGUAUACGCAACAAGAAGGUCUUGAUUUCUUUGAUACUUUUUCACCUGUGGCCAAAAUGGUCACUUUUAAACUCCUCCUUGCUAUAUCCACUAUUAAACAUUGGCAUACUUUACAAAUUGACAUAAACAAUGCGUUUUUGAACGAAGACCUCAAUGAAGAGGUUUAUAUGGCCUUACCACCUGGUCUAACCGUGUCUAAUGAUGUCCCUACAGGUACUAAUCUAGUUUGUAAACUUCACAAAUCCAUCUAUGGAUUACGACAAUCAUCUCGACAAUGGUACAAGAAACUCACAUCAACUCUUUUACAAGAAGGUUUCACACAAUCAAAGGCUGACUAUACUCUCUUCACAAGAGGCAAAGAUGACAAAUUCAUUGCUCUACUUGUCUAUGUGGAUGACAUUGUCAUCACAGGCCCCAACAUUGAAGCCUUACAUCAACUUCAAAACACUUUACACCAGCAGUUUAAACUCAAGGCUCUCGGUCAGCUGAAGUACUUCCUUGGCUUCGAAAUUGCCCGUGCUUCUCAUGGUCUUUUCAUCUCUCAACGGCAGUAUACUUUACAACUCCUUGAAGACAAUGGAUACAUUGGUUGCAAACCUGCCAAGGCCCCCAUGGAUCCGAGAACUCGACUUGAUGACCAACAAGGAGAACCUUUGACUAAUCCUUCAACCUAUAGGCAAUUAAUUGGGAAAUUACUCUACCUCACACUUUCGAGACCCGACAUUACCUAUGCCGUCAACACAUUGAGUCAAUUCAUGGCCAAUCCUAGAACUCCUCAUAUGCAAGCCGUUUCUCAUCUCCUUAGGUACCUUAAAGGGAGUCCUGGACAAGGGCUGCUAUACCCCAGAAAUUCUUCUCUUCAUUUAAGAGGAUUUUCAGAUUCGGACUGGGCAACUUGUCCAAUUACACGAAGAUCUACUACUGGAUUUUGUGUGUUCAUAGGAGAUUGCUUAAUCUCUUGGAAAACUAAGAAGCAACCGACUAUUUCUAAAAGCUCUGCUGAAGCAGAAUAUAGAGCUCUCGCUGCCACGACAAGUGAACUUACAUGGCUUCAAUACUUGCUGCAAGAUUUCCAAAUUUAA